AAAAACCGAAUGCAAAGAAAUGAAAACAAGAGGAAGAGAACAUGCCACCGACGUGGAGAAGCCUGUAUAUGGUGCUGGUGCUCCCCCUGCUUCAGCUUUUAAAAGCAACCCUUCACUGCUGCUUUGGGUGCCAGUAAGAGUACAACUUUACACGCAAAACUAUGGUGUUGUGGGCAUUCUCUCUCCCUCUUUUGGUCUGUCUCUCAGCCUAACAAAGUCCCAAAACUCUCAGUCCCAUAUACAUUUCUGAAUCAUUAUGUCUCUCAUCAUCAAAUUAAAACAUUUUCCUUGCCUUAGCUGUGAUGUGAUAGAAAGUGCACCCAAAACCCAUCCCCUUGCCAUGGAGCAAGUCUAGUGACUAAUUUGGUCAAACAUACAUUAAUUUGGAUGAACAAUUGUUUGGAAGUAAGAUGAUCAGUUUUAAUAAAUAAAAACUUAUUUG